AUGUAAUGUAACACCUCAUCAGUUACAAGCUGGUUUAUUAUGGUAACCAAAGUAUAAUAUUUAUGUCAGCGUUUAUUCAUCAAUACAGUAAAAGGAAAAGGUCAAGACUGCAAUUCCCUCGGAGAAUAAAUGUCAAGGACACGAAAUUAGGUGAAGGUACACAAGCGAGUGCUUUAACGUGUUUAGAGAACAGACUCGAUCAGUUUCAUUACUGCGUGGCCUUCGUGAACAUCAUAAUAUUUACAUGUUCACAAUAAUAAAAAUUUAAAUGAGUGUAAUUAAUAGAAAGUCCCGGGAAAACUAUGUCUGUCGCAUCAAUUUCGGAACAUCUAACUGAAGUUGCAGGUGAUAAGAUUUAUAUGACGGAAAACAGUAUGUCAAUCGAUACAGCCUUUGAGGGGAAAAUUUGUAUAAUAUUGGAAAAUACAAAAAACUAAAACAAUCGGUAAAUCUUGCGGAUUUCAUUUAACAAAAUCAAAAUAGGAUCGUUAUCCGUGGAUGAGCCAUAUCGAAACCGGGAGUCUUGAUUUAGAGGAUCAUGCUGGACAUAGCUAAGAAUAAGAAAAACAACGGAAUAAUCUGUUUUAUUUUAUCUGUUAAAUGUUAGAGUUGGUGAUUGUUUAAUUAUUGUCGAUGUAAAUGAUUUAAUAGGACUAACACUAAUACAAAUAGCGGCUUUAGUCCAUCAUUAUGAAGGAUGUGAUUUGAAAUUAUUUAUUUGCAGAUACAUUAACGAAGGAGAACAAAAUAAGUCAUAGUUGUGAAAGGACCAUUGCCAGAAGUGGCCUGCAAACUUGCAGAUGCAGAUGCAGUAGCUGGAGUGACCCGAGUUCUAGAAUGCUCAGUUUGUCCGGAAGUCUCACUGUCAUCAAUUCGUCGGUGUGUUCAUGGUCAUAUCAUUUGUGUUGGAUGUAGAUCGAAAACACGUCAAAUCGAACGUCAAAUCGUCAAACAGAAGAAAACGUCUGCUAGGAUUUUACAUGAUUGUUUAUGAUUUAUUCAUUAUCCAACAACGCAAAUAGUCAUUAACUAAUGCCAGUAAACGUUAAUUUAAUUGAAGUUUAUAGUAUUAAAAAAUGUGCGAUUUAUAUCUUCGAAAUGUAUGUCUUAUGUAACGAAAUCGAAUACGAAAUUUGAGAGUUAACACAGUUAUUGUUGAUCAAUAAUUCCUACGUUUAAUCAAUAAACUUGUUAGCCAGGCUGCUAUAUAGUUAAAUUGGGUAUUUACACUAGAGUGAGCCACAGGCUUAUACUGGUUCAGAAUGUUCGUACGCUGAUCAGGUUCACACCUAUGUUCUCCUUUUUCGGAUUCGUAAGUAACUGAUAAUUUUUUAUAUUCUUUUUGGAUCUUUUCGCAAAUCUUCAGAAUAGGUUUGGAAUAAUUUAACUUAAAAUUGAUUAAUACAAGUAUAUUCCAAGAUUUUGUGCUAAAAUUCGAUUAUCUCAGUCGAUUUCUCAUCUUUGUGAGAAAUAUACAAAUUUCAAAUACGUGGAUCUAAUACGUGUAAAAAUGGCAGCGAUUCCUUUCAAAGAAGCUUACACUAUUGAACAUGAAUAUGAGAAUGAUAGUUCAUCAGAAGUAAAUUUUGAGACAAAUGAUGGUGAAACUCCAAAUACACCAGAUCUCUCAGAUAUUGAGGAAGCUAUACUUAAUACAGAUUUAUUCGCUUUCGAUCCAUCGAAAUGUUCUUUCUGCAAAGAUAAAAGUAUAGUUAAUAUUCUAAAUGUUGGAGAAUCGGGUACCCUCGAAUUUCAAACAGAAAUAAAGAAUGGUGUAUAUGGUAUUACAUUAUGGCCUGAGAGUACAGACGAUGAUUAUGAGAAGUUAUUAGACGAAAUGGAUAUAGUGAUCCCCGAAACUCAUGAAUGGUCAAAUCGUAGACCAAAAAUAGGAGAUUUAGUAUUUGGUAAAAGGUAUGACGGAGAUUGGAUUAGGGGAUAUAUUAUAUCUGUGCUGCCACACUUAAAACUGGCUAUGAUCGACGAAGCUAAAGUAGUGCACGUUUCUAACAUUGCUUCAUGCAAUAAACCUAUUUCAGAUAUGUAUGCAUUUUCUGGAGUAUGUGAAUUAUCUGAUACUACACAUAAAUUUGUGGAAGGUGAUGGGGCGCAAUUUAAAGUGACAGGUCGAACAGUUAAUGGGGAACCAAAUGAAUUUGAUAUAAAAAUUAUUAAUAAAGAUUAUGAGAUAAAAGCUACUGUAAAGCCUUGGGUUCCAAUGGUGGAACAAAUGGGAGUAGCAUGUGGUGAAGUACCUGAUGAAUGUGAGGUAAUCGUUACUGGUUAUCGAAAUCAUUUAUUUAUGUACAUUCGUCCUGCAGAUGCUAUGGGUACGGCACGCUAUAAUUUUAUUAUGGAUACUGUUGCACAAAUCGCUGAGAGAUCGCCAAUUUUAGAAGACCCAAAUGUUGCGCAGUCGGCAAUAGCACUGGCUCCUGACGGCAAGUAUUAUCGUGGAUAUAUUACCAAGGUAGACGAAUAUAGAGUGCAAAUUAUGUACCAUGAUCUUGGUCGUAGGGAAUUUGUAGAUAGGAAGACACUUAGGGUUUAUCCUGAAUUUUUGAAGAAGCUUGGAUAUUCUAUUACGAAAGUCUAUCUACGAGAUGUUCCUAAAGAUAUCCCUCCGUUCAUGCCAAUAGUUAGAAUUCUGGACGACCUAGUAGAAAAUGAAGUUCGUUUGAUACAUUAACGAAGGAGAACAAAAUAAGUCAUAGUUGUGAAAGGACCAUUGCCAGAAGUGGCCUGCAAACUUGCAGAUGCAGAUGCAGUAGCUGGAGUGACCCGAGUUCUAGAAUGCUCAGUUUGUCCGGAAGUCUCACUGUCAUCAAUUCGUCGGUGUGUUCAUGGUCAUAUCAUUUGUGUUGGAUGUAGAUCGAAAACACGUCAAAUCGAACGUCAAAUCGUCAAACAGAAGAAAACGUCUGCUAGGAUUUUACAUGAUUGUUUAUGAUUUAUUCAUUAUCCAACAACGCAAAUAGUUCUUAACUAAUGCCAGUAAACGUUAAUUUAAUUGAAGUUUAUAGCAUUAAAAAACGUGCGAUUUAUAUCUUCGAAAUGUAUGUCUUAUGUAACGAAAUCGAAUACGAAAUUGGAGAGUGAUCACAGUUAUUAUUGACUAAUAAUUCCUACGUUUGAUCAAUAAACUUGUUAAAUAAA